CAAUUUAUUAUUUGGGGGAAAAAAGCUUUAUGGAAUUGUUUCAUAUAUCUGUUACUUUCCACUUAACACUGUUGUCUACAUAAUUAGAAUAAAAGAUUUUUUUUCUUCAGCCAAGUUAUAUUAGGUCUCCAUUCUUUGUCAUGUUUAAAAUAAAACGAGUUCGAACUAUGCUGCGCUUGGCAAAACGCAGGUUGCAGAGGAGGUUCACGAUAGAUGAUAUCAGCACAGAAGUUUCUUUUUUAUAUCCCCCACCAGACGGUGGCUGGGGUUGGGUUGUGGUGCUGGCAGCAUUUGUUCAUUCUAUGUUGAUCACUGGCUUCCACAAUAGUUUUGGUGUUUAUAUGUUGUCCCUUCUUGAGACUUUUCAGUCUAGUAACUCUAAGAUUGCUUGGAUUGGAUCUGUCAGCUAUGCUUUCAUUAUGAUUUUUGGUCCAGUUUCUGGAAAACUUCUGCAGAAGUAUGGAGCCAUAAAAGUGGCAAUAAUUGGAGCUCUGGUUGUCAUGUUUGGCUUAAUAAGUUCUUCGUAUACUUAUGAUUUACGUGUAUUGUUUUUAACUCAUGGGAUCCUUGUUGGUGUAGGAUCAAGCCUCGCUAGUACUCCAGCCCUGAUAAUGGUAAGCCUUUACUUUACUACAAAGCGCUCAUUUGCAACUGGUAUAGUGAUGGCUGGAGGGGCUACUGGAACUCUUGUGCAGAACAUAUUUCAUCAGUACCUAAUUGAGACUCUUGGAUGGAGAGCUAGUCUGCGUGUAUACAGUGGAAUUCUAACUAUAUGUAUCCUUGCUGCAUUUGCAUACAAGCCUCUUCAAAAACAUAGAGCUCAUCCUAGUGUUGUUGAGAAGUUUCAGACAUCCCCUCUAAGAGGUUUUAUUAUGGAUUUAAAUCUAUGGAAAGAUCGUGUCUUUGAGGUCUGGGUCUGUUCCCUUGGAUUAGCUAAAUUUGGAUUCUUUAUACCUUUUGUGCAUAUGAUUAAACUUGCAGGUGAUUUGGGCAUUUCACCAAAGGAUGCAUCCUAUAUCAUGGUAGGGAGUGGAUUAACCAGCAUGAUUAGCUGUAUUUUAUUUGGAAAAAUAUGUGAUAUGGAAAGAAUUAACCGGCUGUAUGUUAAUCAAGCAUCCAUACUGUCUGUUGGAGUUGUGAACUUUAUUAUUCCUUACUGCAAAAACUUUUACUCUCUAGUAGCUAUUUGUUCUCUUUGGGGGUUUUUUGAUGCAGGAAACUAUGUUCUCCUACCUGUUCUUACUUUUGAUUUGAUGGGGCCAGAGAAAAUGACUAUUGCAUGGGGAUUUAUGAUGGCUGUCAAUGCAAUCAGUUGUUUUGGCCCACCAUUUGCAGGUGCAAUGUAUGACUUGUUUGGAAAUUACAACAUUGGCUUUAUAGUAACCGGGAUUUGCAAUAUUAUAGCUGCUAGUAUUCUUGCUUUUAUUCCCUGGCUAACAGAUGCAGCAAAACAAUCAAAGAAAAACUAUCUUAAUGUUUCUGUGUGUGAAGUAACAAAGACGAUACUUCCUUGGCAAUCACCAAGUUCUUCAUUAGUGAGUAUAAGUUCUUCAUACAUGGAAUCACGACGUGUUUCUCUUGAAGUUUCUGAACAUAGCUUAUCAGACUACUCAAAAAAACCAAGUGUGAAGUCAUUAAAAAGCAUACUUAAGUCAGAAGUAACAUCCUUUAAAAGUCUAACUUCUCCAGAAACUGGGACUUCUUCACCCCACAGAAAAGAGGAUGGUGUCAUUUUUGUAGAUGUUGAAAAACAUGACAGUGAUCAGUUUCAGCAAUUUGAGAGUACAGCUGAUUUGACAUCAAAGAAUGAUGAGCCCCAAUCUGAAACAGCAUCUCUCAAAUCUGUGACUUCAGCAUCUGUAAAACAAACAGAGCAUGAUACCUCUUUUUCUGACAGAAAAGGUGGUGUGGUUUUUGUAGAUGCUGAAAAACAUGACAGUGCUCUCUUGGAGCAAGCUGGGAGUACAGCCAAGUUGAGUCCAAUGGAAAAUGAGUCCAGAUCAGAAAUAGCAUCUUUUAAAGGUAUGUCUUCAGGAUCUAUAAAACAGACAGAGCAGAUUCAUCACAGUAAAGAAGAUGGUGUAGCUUUUUUAGGAGUUGAAGACUAUGGCAGUGCUCAAAAAGAGCAGUUUGGGAGUGCAACUGGUUUGACACCAAUGGAAGAUCUAAAUCUAGCCACAUCCGAAACAUCAGUAUCUAUGAAGCAGGCAAAAGGCAUUCCCCAUAGAAAAGAAAAUGGUGUAGCUUUCUUAGACAUUGAGGACACUGAUAGUGAUCUACAAGAGCACUUUGAAAAUGCUACUGAUUUGUGGUCUUUGGAAGAUCUAACAACACUGGAAAGAGGAACUUCUGCACCUAUGAAACAGGCAAAAGGCAUUCCCCAUAGAAAAGAAGAUGGUGUAGCUUUCUUAGACAUUGAAGACUCUGAUAGUGAUCUACAAGAGCACCUUGAAAGUGCAACUGAUUUGUGGUCACUGGAAAAUCUAACAACUCUGGAAAAACCAGCCUUUAAAAGAGGAACCUCACGAUCUAUGAAAGAGACAGAAGGAAUCCCCUAUAGAAAAGAAGAUGGUGUAGCUUUCUUAGACAUUGAAGACUCUGCUAGAGAUCUACAAGAGCACCUUGAAAGUGCAAGUGAUUUGUGGUCAUUAGAAGAUCUAACUACACGGGAAACAUCAGCCUUUAAAAGAGGAACCUCAGCAUCUUUGAAGCAGACAAAAGUCAUUCCCCAUAGAAAAGGAGAUGGUGUAGCUUUCUCAGACAUUGAAGACUCUGCUAGAGACCUACAAGAGCACCUUGAAAGUGCAACUGAUUUGUGGUCAUUAGAAGAUGUAACGCCACUGGAAACAUCAGCCUUUAAAAGAGGAACCUCAGGAUCUAUGAAAGAGGCAGAAUGUAUUCCCUAUAGAAAAGAUGAUGGUGUAGCUUUCUUAGAUAUUGAAGACUCUGAUCUACAAGAGCACCUUGAAAGUACAACUGAUUUGUGGUCACUGGAAGAUCUAACAACACCGGAAAGAGGAACUUCUGCAUCUAUGAAACAGGCAGAAGGCAUUCCCUAUAGAAAAGAAGAUGGUGUAGCUUUCUUAGACAUUGAAGACUCUGCUAGUGAUCUACAAGAGCACCUUGAAGAUGCAACUGAUUUGCUGCCAGAACAUCUGGCUGUACCAGAAACAGAAUUUUCCAGCAAUAAAACAUCUGCAUCUGUUAAACACACAGCACACAUGCAUUCUACGCUCCAUAGAAAAGGAGAUGUCUAUGGAAAAGACACGGAAAAGAACAAAGUCUAUGAUAGUGAUAAGCAACAGAAAUAG